CUACCCAUGGCUUACAAGAUGAAAGGGGUCUUCAAGGGCCUCAGGGUCAUCUCUCAGAUCUUCGUGGUGAAGGAGCAAGAGAUGGACAUUGGAUAUCCAACAGACGUGAAGCAUGUCGCGCAUAUCGGUUGGGAUAGCCCAACGGGGAGUGCUGCUUCUUCUCCUAGCUGGAUGAACGACAUGAAGGGUUCACCGGAUUUUUCCACGUUGAACAACUUCUCACCAUCUACAGGAACCUCCUGGACUUCUCAAGAUUUUGACCAGCCUCGAGACAUAUCGCCAUACGGUAUACUUCCUGAAAAUAGCGGCCAGGAGGCAACCCCGUACCCUGACAUACCAAAGCCACCCAGGAAGACCAGAAGGAAGAAAUCUUCUAAAAACGGCUCGCCAACAGCAUCAGCGAGAUCAUCAAGGUCAUCAAGAUCAAGAUCUAAGGACUCAUUUUCAUCCACUACUCCUGACACCAUUGGUGCACACGACAUACAACGUGAAAUCCGGAUUGUAUAG